UAGAUAUAAUAGCGGGCGUGAACGACAAAGCGGACGGAAACAAAAAUUAACGGCUCGCAAAACUCGUGAAGACUGACUACAGGACUAUCUUUUGGACUCUAUUCAUUAAUUUAACUGAAGGACACUUGGAUCUACAUCUCUUCAUUUCUACAUCUGCUUCAUUUAUCGUCAUUUAUUUCAAAGUCAUCAUGUCUCAGCAGCAGAUCAGCCUCCCAGCCAAGCUCAUUAAUGGCGGUAUUGCAGGCAUUGUUGGGGUUACUUGCGUCUUCCCCAUUGACUUGGCAAAGACCAGGUUGCAGAAUCAGAGACAAGGUCAGCAGGUCUACAAGAGCAUGAUGGACUGCCUUGUCAAGACAGUUCGAUCAGAAGGCUACUUUGGCAUGUACAGAGGUGCUGCCGUAAAUCUGACACUGGUUACCCCCGAGAAAGCAAUCAAGCUGGCUGCUAAUGACUUGUUUCGCCAUCACCUUGCCAAGGAUGGAAAAGGGCUGACAGUGUUUAAAGAGAUGCUGGCAGGUUGUGGUGCUGGCAUGUGCCAGGUCAUUGUCACCACCCCGAUGGAAAUGCUCAAGAUACAGCUCCAGGACGCAGGCAGACUCAUGGCCCAGCAGCAAAAACCAGUCAUGAUGGCUCCCACAAAGCUUGUGGCCACUAACACUAUGCUCAGCCGCUCCUACAACUCUGGCACGGUGGUCUCAGCACCGCGAGCUGUGUCGGCCACACAGAUUGCAAAAGAACUGCUUCAAACCCAGGGCAUCCAGGGGCUCUACAAAGGUCUAGGGGCAACACUGAUGAGGGAUGUCCCCUUUUCUGUUGUGUACUUCCCAUUGUUUGCCAACCUGAACCGCCUGGGAAAACCCAGUCCUGAGGAGUCGUCGCCCUUCUAUUGGGCUUUCCUCUCAGGCUGUGUAGCAGGAUCUACUGCUGCAGUGGCUGUUAACCCCUGUGAUGUGGUGAAGACCAGAUUGCAGUCACUAAACAAAGGGGCCAGUGAGGAGACUUACAAUGGAGUUGUGGAUUGCGUAAGUAAAAUCAUGCGAAAGGAGGGACCCUCUGCCUUCCUGAAAGGUGCUGGCUGCCGGGCUCUUGUCAUCGCUCCUCUGUUUGGUAUUGCACAAGUUAUGUACUUUGUUGGUGUAGGAGAAUACAUCCUGGACAACUCACCUCUGAGCCUCCUGUCUGCGUGAAACCGUAUGAGUUUGCUGGCUAUGCAUAGGACCUCCUGAACAUAAAUGAUGGAACAACUGGCAGCUACUUACCAUCAGUUUACAGCAAAAAAAAAAAAAAAAAAAAAAAGACACAAGGCUUGUUUGACAAAGUCAGAAAGGCUUCAGGAUUUAAAGACCUAGGGUUUCAUCUUCUGUAUGACCUGACAGCUGUGUUGCACUUAAACACUUUUAUGACUUAUUCAGUAGGCUGUGGCCCAUGUUUACUCAAGCUGUUAGCCUUACUGUGUUGAGGGACUCAGAGUUGCAGUGUUAUUCUGUCUUUGUCCCGAGACAGUCCUGUUCUGUUUCCCUCUGUGAGGGAGGGGAGCUAACUCCAUCAGAAAGACAGACCUUGUUUUUUGUGUUUUCUUCCAUGCCAUCACUUCUCAUAUUAUUUUUUAUGUGAGUUACAGUUUUAUUUUGAAUUGGUGAAUGCAGUAGUUUGCAGUACUUUGUACGUUUUUCUUCCUAUUCCAUUGCUGUCUCAUGUUACAGAGCCUUCAAGUUGGAACAAAGGCUUCAAAUGGGAGAUACAGUGGGGCCCAAUUUACACAGUAUAUUGCAAAGGGAUCUUUUUUUUAUUUAAUUUUUUUAACAUUUUAAACAAUAGCUGUGAGUGUACAUGUUUAAUAUGACUGAUCGUGAACCUUCCUACAGACAUGGGACCAUACGGUUUGCCAAACCACUAACAGUGUCCUGUCAUAUACUUGAUAUUAGCCCUACUGUUGUUUAGUAAUCUGUGAACCAUAAUCUUUGUAUUUUACUAUCUGCAGAAACUUGAGAUGAAUUUAUGCACAUUAUAUAUGUAUGUGUUUGUUCACAUAACCUCCAAAUGCAUAUCUACCAUUUCACUUAAAAGUUAACACUUGGUUUAUGCCUUAACAGAACAGAUUGGCAUUUUCCCUCUGAAGAAACGAUGCUCUUGGCCAAGAAAAGCAUUAUUACAGUUACUGUGAUCAUGGGGAAAAUGACUGUUACCAUACUUUGAGUUUGUGAUGGCUUUUUUGUACAUACUGUGUGUGUGUAUAUAUAUAUAUAUACAUAAAUAAUUUGUAAAGUG